UGCUUAAGAAAUUUGCGCCAAUACUGGCCAGAAAAUUGUCUCAUACAAUGCAACGAAUCAUGAUGUGUGGAUGAGAAAGUAGAAAGUAGAAAGUAGAGACCCAAAGUGCAUUGCUACAGAGUACAGAGGAAGGAGCAUAAUCCUAAUGAUCCUAGUUAGCCAUAUCCAAGCUCCUUUCGGAGGAGCCAUGUUUUCGAAGUGUUCCCCACACAAAUUCAUCACUCUGACAAACCCUCUACCACCUGCACCCAAAUUCAUCACUACAAGACCCUUGCAUCUCACCCUCGCCAAAGCAGAAACAAACCUCGACUCGGAUUCCUCUUCUCCUCCUCAAACGGUUUUCGUGACUGGCGAGGAUGUUCCAUUGGAGGGUGUCAUCCAGUUCGAGAAACCCACCUCUUCUCCUCCUUUUGAAAAAUGGGGGCGUGUGGCUCUGCUAGCUGGUGCGGAUGUGUUGGCCUUGUUCUUGUUUGCCACGAUUGGAAGAUACAGUCAUGGACUUUCUGUUUUGGACCUCGACACUCUGCGCACUGCUGACCCUUUUAUAGCGGGGUGGUUUUUGGGUGCUUACUUCCUUGGAGGGUUUGGGGAGGAUGGGCGUGGGAUGAAUGGUCUCUCCAAAGGUGUCAUUGCUACUGCCAAGUCAUGGGCUGUUGGGAUCCCUAUAGGAAUAGUAAUAAGGGCAGCAACAGCAGGUCAUCUACCAAAUUAUGGUUUUGUAUUUGUGAGUCUGGGAAGCACUGCUGUGUUACUUAUCACAUUCAGAGCAUUAUUAUAUACUAUUCUUCCGGUCGACAAUAGUAAGAAGAGCGAUGUUUAUCGCCGUGGCAGUCCCUUUGAACUCUUUGAGCUGCUCACAUCAUUAGUACGGCGGUGGUAGCUAUGCAUUGCAUGUUCAAGGCACCAUACUGGGUAUGCAUCAGAACAUAAUCUCCUUGUACUAUCGGUUCAUAUAAAACAAGUAAGAGUAGGUGUUUACUGCAGAUGACUUUUAUUCAAUUAAAUGUGUAUACUAUAUUACUAUUAAUACACCUUUGAUCAAUUAAAAGUGCAUUACUAUUAAGUCAUUUGAAUCA